UGGUGAUCUAUUUGACAGCUUUAACACGCAUGUGAAAAUAGAUGCCAACUAAACGCAUGUGUGUCUAGCUGAGGAGAAACGCCACAUGACGUAGAGUGACUGCGAUCUGCUCAACUAAGAGUCCCUACCGGGGUGUCACUAUGGGGAAGUCGUUCUCACAUCUUGCUAAGCAGACAUGCCACGAUGAAGGCCAGGACAGCUUGAAUUCUCCUUUGGAGGAUGGCAUGCAGGGGGAGGAUGGGAAAGGUGGAGAUGUUUCCCAGUUUCCUUAUGUGGAGUUCACAGGACGGGAUAGCGUCACAUGUCCCACUUGCCAGGGCACAGGAAGGAUUCCAAGAGGUCAGGAAAAUCAGCUGGUGGCAUUGAUUCCUUACAGUGACCAAAGGCUCAGGCCCAGGCGAACGAAGUUGUAUGUGACAGCCUCAGUCCUGGUCUGCCUGCUACUCUCCAGCCUGGCUGUGUUCUUCCUCUUCCCCCGCACCAUUGAAGUGUCCUAUGUGGGAGUAAAGUCUGUAUUUGUCAACUAUGACGAAGACAAGCACAUCGUCUAUCUUAACAUCACGAACACUCUGAACAUUACCAACAAUAACUACUAUUCAGUGGAGGUGGCCAACAUCACAGCUCAAGUCCAGUUUUCCAAGACAGUCAUCGGUAAAUCUCGAAUCAGCAACAUCACUGCCAUCAGUCCACUGGACAUGAAGCAGAUUGAUUACAUGGUUCCUACAAUCAUAGCAGAUGAGAUGAGCUACAUGUACAACUACUGCACCCUGCAGACCAUCAAGGUGCACAACAUUGUUGUCAUGAUGCAAGUGACUGUGACCACGGUAUACUUCGGGCACGCAGAGCAGGUGUCUCAGGAGAUAUACCAGUAUGUGGACUGUGGGGGGAAUACCACCACUGUUCAAGGUCCGAACAAGCUAUCCAACAUCCUGCAUCCCCCUGAGUAAACACCACAUCCUGAUCAAUCCCAACAUGGUUUCUGAACCUAGCUUUAGGUGGUGCACUGCGUUUUCGCCCUCUUUCUCCACGUACAGUGUCCCAUAGACUCCACCCUCAUGUGUUUAGUUAACCUUGGUGUCGGGUAUGAAAGCCCAUUGUACAGCGAUGCCGUCACGCUUGAGCAAAGAGAAAGGGAAGCGAGGGGCUUUUGCAAAAUCUGGUCACAUGGUUCCAAGGUCAGUAGAAGUGUUUUCGCAGUGACUGCACCGUAAUGCACUUUACAAGUGAAUUUUAUCAACAAACUUUACAUUUCGUCACAGCUGCUCGUAUCCCAUCUCCCCACCAUGGACGUAGAAACAAGACGUGAAGACAUGUUGAAGGUCAUUAGGAACAGACAAAAGUUCUUAAAGAGAUACUUGCAUCAAAAUCCGACUUUUCCUGUUGUUAAUCGAUGUAAGGAGUGUGGAUGUGAUCGACAAGACAAAUGGCAGCCCUAAAAUCCCAUUUAUGGCCAGACGAGAGAUAUCGGCGGCCAAAUAACUGAUUUCUGGUUGGUGAAAAUGUGGUAACUUGCUGCAUCACAAAUUACCGUUAGCAUAGAGGGUGUGUCCGUAGCGGGACACUAUAAAAGCGGAGACACACCCUUUUCUCCCCCCCUGAAUCAGUAGCCAAUAGCUAUGAAAUCAUAAAGCCACACCUACCUUCUGGUUGUAAUUCAAACCACCCGUGUUAAAAAUGUGCUCAGAAACAGCAUGAAAGUAUGUCUUUAGUGCGCGACGGGUGUUUUUGAAAUAUAGCUUCGUCCUUACCUAGUGUAAGCUUGUGUCGAUCUGGAUGCUGCACUCUGUCCGGGAGGCCUGUGCAGCAUGUUGACAUAUAUAGUCUGCUGCCGGGUGCUCCAGUUACCGUUUGUAUGCAGCAGUCAGAAAUGAGAUGUUCUGGAAACACUUUAUAAUAACUACACCCUGUGAAGCAUUAGUUAAACAAUUAAUUAGGCUAACUAAUUAAUUAAUUAAUUAAUUAAACGAAAUUAAACUAUUUAAUUCAUUGUAUUUAUUUAAUGUAUUUAAAUAUUUAAAUUAAUUAAUUAAGAAAUUAGUAAGGAUGAAUUACUUACUCGUCUAUUAAUGUAGGAAUUAUACUUUACAAGUGAUGAAUUCAGUAGUUAAAUACUUGACUAAUGCGUCACAGUGUGUAGUUAUUAUAGUGUUACCAGCGUUUUUCACAGCAAUAAGUUUACUGUGUGAAAUAAUGAAAGUACUGAGAUUAUUCCUUACCCUGACGUGCUUAACCUACUGGAACUGUACGGUCAAGUGAUUUCACAUUUUUUAGGAAGAUGAUCAUUAUAGUUUCUUCCUGGUUUACCUUAAUUUAUUGGUUUCUUAGUUGUUUUAAGUAGCGCUAACAUAAUAUUUCCUAAAUGACUCCUUAUUUGUUUUGCUUGAUGAAGCUGAUAAAAAGUGUUAUCUUGAAAUGAAUUUUUAGUUUUCUUCAUCACACUGACGCAUAAAACUUUAGAGAAUCUGAAGAGCAACUUUGGGGGGAAAAAAAGUUGAUUUUAAAUUGUUUUACCACUUCUCCCCACACUUCAGUUAUGAAGCUUUAGAUUCAGUUUGUUGGUGUCUGUGUUCAUCAUGUAAAUACCUUAAAAUGCUCUCUGUAGUACCUGCCUCAUUUGCCCUUUAAUGCUGGCAGAGAAAAGACCACAACCAAAACAUUUGUACUAUUCUUUUGUUUUCCACAGACAUGAACGGUUGUUCUGAGAGGACAGUGACAUCAUAGUAAAGCAUUAGUUGAUCAUUAUCUUUUGUUCUGCUAGCUGGGGGUUGCCACUAACUUAACUCUGUCCUUUGAUUUAAAAUUGACUAUAUAUAUAUAUAUUUAACAGUUCACAGAGGUAGUGGGAGUCUUAUCAAUUACAUGUUUAGUGUUUUCUUUGCUAGUGUGAACUGCUGAAUCACUGUUUCUCUGAAAGCAGCAAUAAAGUUUUUAA